AUGAAUAGGUUGAGAUGGAAUUCACAGUAUGGUGAUGUAGCCAGCAAACGAGCUGAACGACAUUCUGAAGACUGCGAGUUGGUACAUCAUUCGGGUCACUAUACGGAGAAUAUUUGGCAAGGAGGUGUCACAAAUCCAGCUGAAGAAGGACUCGCUGCUAUUGCCGCUUUCGCUGGCGAAUUUCAAAAAGGGGUAUGGGAUCUGAAAUGGAGCCCAGACAUGGGUCAUGCAGCUAAUAUGGCAAGAGGUGAUCUCGAAUCUGUUGGAUGUGGAUACACACGAUGUACUAAAGAUGGUUUUGAGUUGUCUAUUGUUCUAUGUCUGUACUAUCCUCCUGCUGGGGAACCAGCAUACAAAAAGGGACAAACAUGUUCCGAAUGCUCCGAUGGAUUUAGUUGUGAGAAGAAAAUCGGAUUGUGUCUUGAUCGAAACGCCACGGAAAUUGAUACAAGAGGAGAAGAUACUAGCGGUUCGCCUUCCAUGUCAAUGCUUUUCCUAGUCAUAUGGACAAUUUCUAUGAUUUGA